CAUUUAUUUCAUUUUCCAAACCAGAGUGUUUAUUUUGCUCUUUCUCACCUUUGUCGAUUGGCUGUAAGAAAAUUACCGCCUUUGAAACCUGUUAUUCAUUGCGGUCUUUGGGAUAUAUUUAUUUCGAUACGAUGUGGUGCAGUGAAUAUUAAUGUACUUGUGCGAUUGUUCGCUUAACAUUUCUGACAGGGUGACAUAUGCCAAUCGGUCGUAAAGUGAAUACAACGUUAUUUGGGAAGAUUGUGGACGAUUUUUAUGUGAACGUUUUUUUAUGAAUUCAUAUAUCGGUUCUAUAGUGGUUAAAAUAAGUAGUAUUUGUUACUUUAAACAAGCUGCAUUAAUUCACUCACGCUUGUACGAUUGAACUUUGGAUGGGCUUAAAAUAUUGAGACGCGUCAAGCGAAAAAGGUGAAAUCGAGGUAUUGUUGUUAAAAUCACAAAACUACAGAGAAUUUUUAAAAAUUAUACCGGUAUAAUUUGACAAUACAGUAAUUUAUAUUCCAAAGCCAUAGUGGUAAAUUAUAAAAAUAACAUUGCCACUGAUCAGCGACAGUCUAACGGAUGUGAACAAUAAAUAUAGACAAAUCUAUCGGAUUUUCAUUCAUGCGAAAUUCGAUUCCGACACGUUCAACAUGUAUUCGAUGUAAAAGGGCCACAGGACAGGAUUUUCGUUUACAUGAAAGAGGAAUGCAACCAUAUCUUACGGAAACAGUACUUAUUUCAUUCGGGCCAUGAACAAUGCGAAUUGACUAAAUUAUGUCGGUAGCCGUGGUCAGCAGUGAAGAGCAACGGAAGUAUCUUCUGGAGCAAGAGGCGCAAUGUUACACAACACACUUUCUGCAAGAAAACAAAACUUACGGUGACACACAAUGCCCACCUACAUGGGACGGUGUUCUAUGUUGGCCCGCCCUGGACAAUGGUUCGACGGCCCGUUUGCCGUGUCCCAGUUACGUGAGUGGUUUCAAUUUGGCAGCUUCAGCGUAUAAAACCUGCACGAGCAAUGGCACAUGGUAUGUUAGGCCCGAUCUGAACGAGACCUGGACCAACCUGACGUUGUGCAUGACGGAGAAGAACGAGAACCAGUACGAGCAAGUGCCCGCAAUUAUCGCGGAGCACAUGCCUCGCAUACGGCUGAUGUACAACAUAGGGUAUGGAAUAUCGCUGGCAUCUCUCAUUCUCGCCGUUACAAUCAUGAUCUAUUUCAAACGUCUCCAUUGUCCCCGCAACACCAUCCACAUCAAUCUAUUUGUCUCGUUCACGCUGCGCGCUAUCAUCUCAUUCGUCAAGGAGAAUGCGCUCGUCAAUGGCGUCGGCUUCAGCAUCGACGUGACUCAGACUCAGGAAGGCCAGACUGUGUUUUUGGAAGACAGUAGUCAUUGGCAAUGCAAGACAUUUUUCUCCCUCUUUAACUACAUCUUGUGCGCCAACUACAUGUGGAUUUUCACGGAAGGGAUUUACCUUCACAUGCUCAUUACGGUCGCCAUGUUUUCGGAAAAAUCUGGGGUGAAGAAACUUGUGAUCUUCGGCUGGGGCGCACCGGCGUUGUUUGUGGUGCCGUGGGUCAUCGUUCGGGCUUUGUUGGAGGAUGUGCUGUGUUGGAACACACACCCGACAAAUGGUUAUUUCUGGUUAAUACGGGGCCCGAUUGUCGCUGCCAUGGGGAUCAACUUCAUCAUAUUCUUGAAUAUCAUUCGUGUUUUGUUCACGAAGCUAACAGCCUUCAAUACACCUGACACUAACAAAUACAGAUACAGCGACGGACUCUGGAAGUUAGCAAAAUCGACUCUGGUCCUUAUUCCCUUGUUCGGCGUCCACUACAUCGUGUUUAUUGGUCUCCCUGACAACGUUGACGAAACAACGGAACUCGUCAAACUUUACUACGAGAUGUUCUUCAAUUCCUUCCAGGGAUUUCUUGUCAGCUUACUGUUUUGCUUUUUGAAUGGAGAGGUCCAAUCAGAAAUACGAAAAAAGUGGUAUCGUUUCGCACUGAGACGAGGUGGCAGUUCGUUCAAAAGAAGCGCCCGUGAUACAAUGACUUCCUUUAUAUCACAUCACCGAGCGUCGUCUGCGAGCUCUGACGCGCGAGAUAUACCGAACGGAAAAUCGACAAUACACAAGCCGGCACCAAAACGCCUAUCAAACAAUGGCCUGAACGGUCAUGCUUUCGAGGCGGGGAACGGUGAUAAUGAAAGUAACUCUAUGGUCAAAAUGACUUCAAAAGAUACCAAUAUAAAGGACACUGCGUAAGAAGAACGUGAUCCGAUAUUAAACGACACUAUAUCUGAUGAUGAUAUUGAUAUUAUGUCUGAAGACCUUGUGUAAAGAUAACAGAAAUGGUUGACAAUAAUGUGGAUCCAACAAUUAUCGUCGUUUAUACGAAGAUAGAAUAUACUCUUUAUGUUUUUAAUUGUGGUCAACACAAGUGUUUUGAUUUAUAAAAAAGGGAUCUAUGUGGAAAACAUGGAAUGCAAUGUGCAUUAUUUUGAAGAUGUAGACCAUAUAGCCUGUGAUUUCGUAUCACCGCAUGGUAUACAAGAAACUGUACAUUUCAACAUAAGCCAGUGUUGACUUAAAUACCUGAAAUUGUGAACAAAACUUUAAAUUGACUGGGUGAGUGUAACCACAUGUGCAAAUUUAUCUGUCGCGAGAUAUAUGUUGGAAAAGAGUAGCUGUGAUAUUUGCAUAAACAGUUUAAAUGAGUUGUAUAUGUUCGACAGGAAAUAUCUUUAUUUAAGUACAUGGCCACCAUUUGAAACAUACUAUAUACGUAGUAAAUUGGUGCAAAUCGUACUUGUCGUAGACAAAUUGUGUGAUAAAUUACUCAUUAUUACUCAUGAUAUCUAGCACAAUGUAGUAAACUGUUGUGAAUGGCAACUUACAAAGAUAAUGUUUAUUUAUCUGAUACCGGUUGUUAAGAUAAAGAUAAUCCAUCAUUUGUGACGUAGAUAAAUAUGAACUCCAAUGAUUUAGAGAAAUAUAUAAAAGAAGCGGUAAGGUAAUAUAAAUUUUUACUAAUGUUUUACUAAUGUAUGAACAACUCUGUUAAAUAGCGAUGUAUAACCAGUACACACGCUUUACCAUAUUGGAAAUAGUCCAAGACCUUUAGUAUGAUUGAAUGUCACGAAAUAUAAGUCUUCUCAUCACGCAUGAUUCUAUAUGAUAUAGACCACAAAUAACAGGAAAGUGCCUGAAGAUCCUGGCUUAAUGCCGAACAGAAAUACACACACACGCACACCUAUAUGCGUUUGAGGCAUAAGAUUGUAUUGUCACUUGUUUUCAAAACGAAUACGAAGGCAUUUGCAAGUGAAACGUGUAUGAAUUAAAAGUAUUUACAUAUUGUAGAUAUCAUGACUUUCUGGACCCUACAUACCAGUGUUGUAUGAUAUAUUAUUUGUUGUUAGAAAAAGUUUUUGUUAAGUACUGAUUUAUAUUUUAAUUAUUGUACGUAUUUAUUUAUUUACAGACAUAUAUGUAGUAAAAAUUAUAAACUUCAA